GCCACGCACCUCAGCCCGCCAAAUGAAUAUGUACACAACAGCCACAGGAACUCUAAGUGGAACUGAAUUAGACAUCAAUAUCUUGAUUAAAAAGCCGUUUUGAGAAGUAUUCAAAAGUAGUAACUCUUGUUACGCUUAGUGACAUUCGUUUUCGGGUGGAAGGUUAGCCAAAGCCCGACGACUCAGAGCGGCAGAAUGGGUCUGCUUGAAAAAUGUGAAGAGUUGUUCCAGACCACCAGCCUGUAUGACCUGCUCGGCGUCGACAGGACUGCCACCGACGCUGAGGUCCGCCGCAGCUACUACAAGGUCUCCCUCCAGGUCCACCCAGACCGGGCUCCCGAUGACCCGCUGGCCACCGAGAAAUUCCAGGUACUGGGGAAGUUGUAUGCAGUGCUCUGCGACGCCGAGCAGAGGGCUGUCUAUGAUGAGACGGGUGUGGUGGACGAGGAGAGCGACACGCUGAAAAAGGAAAGAUGCUGGGAGGACUACUGGAGAGUGCUGUUCCCAACGAUCACGUUGAAGGACAUCCUGGACUUUGAGAAGAAGUACCAGGGCUCGGCUGAGGAGCGCGAAGACCUCCUCAAGCUGUACGUGAAACACGAGGGCGACAUGGACCUCAUCACCAGCUCGGCCAUGUGCUGCACUGUGGAGGACGAGCCCCGGCUCUGCGCCAUCCUCCGCGAGGCCAUCGAGGCGGAGGAGGUGCCCGCGUUCCCCGCCUUCACCAAGGAGAGCGCCAAGAAGACCAAGGCUCGGAGGAAGAGGGCUGAUAAAGAGCGAGUGGAAGCAGAAGAAAUGCAGAAAGAGCUGGGGCUUGGUGAUGAAGAGGACAGCCUUGCCAUGAUGAUAAAGCAAAGAAGGCAGUCCAGAGAACAGAACUUCAACAGUUUCCUGUCAGACCUGGAAGCCAAGUACUCCAAAAAAGGAGGAAAGACUCGGAGGGGAAAGAAGUGAUCAGAUGUUUUCUCGUGUUUGUCUAUAUUACGUGUGUUUAUAGUUUGAAUGAAUCACGCUUUUUGUUCUAAACCGACCAAUAACAAUUUGCUUCAAGUAGGUGGGAAAUUAAGUUGUACUUUUCUUUUACUUGCCCUUUAAUGUAUAAAUGUGCCUGUUUGUAUUAUCAAAAUAUAAGUUUAACUACCCAUGUUGCCAAUGCAUCCCAAAGUCUUGGAAAUGCCUAAUAAACCUGUAAUUUUUAAAACUGUAUAUAUUGUUGGUAUAAUGGAAUGCCCUUCAAGUAUGUCUGAAUACAGGACAUGGUAUAUACACUGUCUUGAACUCGCCAUCAAUGGAAGUACAUUUCGAACUGGAAAUCAUUACAAACUGCUGAUGGAGAUUGUUAUAGAUUUAAUACACCGACUUUGAAGAUUUAUUUUGCACACGAGAUACAGUGUACAGCAUGUAUUCAGAGCAUAGAAAUGGAUGGUAGUCCGUUUACACAUACACCAAAUGUAACAUCUUAGCCCCAAAUUACUUCCUUAAUGUAUGUACAGGUGUUUUUCCUGGAUAGGUAGUGCUCACGUUGAUGCAGCACAUGGCUUUAAACAGUGGUGAAACAUCCCAUCUCAGUGUAAAUGCUGAAUCAUACUC